AUGCCUUCAGCCGAAAAGCCCAUAAUCCUCCAUAUCGGGGACCCAAUCAAAUACAACCACGAUCUCUACAAACAGCUCGAGUCAAAAUUCACCAUCAUCCGCCCCUCAGCAGAAGAACGCCAACGCGGUCCCUUCCUCGAAGCUCUUGGCCAGAAGAAAUGGGGCGAUUUCCAGGCUGUCAUGCGGCCCUUUUGGAUCACAGGCGGGGAAAUGGGGCGCUGGGAUAAAGAGCUUAUUCCACUCUUGCCCAAGUCCAUGAAGGUCUACGCAUCAGCUGGUGCUGGUUAUGACUGGGCUGACGUUGAUAUCAUGGCCGAAAAUGGUAUUCUUUACUGUAACGGAGCAGCUGCUUCGACGGAAGCUGUUUCUGACAUGGCACUUUACCAUAUUAUUUCUGUAUUUAGGAAUAUGCAGUGGAGUAACAUGGCUGCGAGAGGCAGUGAAGAGGAGUUUCGAGAUGCACAUGCUCAUACGCAGCUUACCGCGUUCAACCCUCGCGGUCAUACUCUGGGGAUAAUCGGUCUUGGAAACAUUGGUUAUCAGAUUGCUCUCAAGACUUACAAGGCUCUUGGUAUGCGUAUUGCAUACUACGACCCCUUCCCCAAAUCACCAGAGCAAGAAGCAUCUAUCGAAGCAACAAACUACCCCAAGCUAGAAGACAUGCUCGCCAUCGCCGACUGCAUCGUCAUAGCUGCUCCCGGCGCAGGGGGGAAGAAGAUCCUCGGGCGGGAAGAGAUAGCCAAGAUGAAGAAAGGAUCACGACUGGUGAAUGUUGCACGCGGGAGUUUGGUAGACGAAGAAGCUGUGGCUGACGCUAUGGAUUCUGGACACUUGUUUGCAGUGGGCUUGGAUGUUUUUGAAAAUGAACCGAGGCCGAACCCGAGGUUGCAAAAGAUGAGGAAUGCGACCUUGACGUGUCAUACUGCUGGUGGUGCGCUUGAUACGUCGAUUGGGUUUGAGAGGUUGGCUAUGGAGAAUGUCAUGGCGGUUCUGGAGGGGAGAGAUGCCGUUACGCCAGUAAACAAGCACCUGUUUAAGUAG